AUGGAUGGCCUAUACCUCCUUAGUAAGGCACAAUUCCACCAGCUUGCUACACACAUAUCACUUUACCACGAGGAUGCCUCGCCUGGCUACCGAACACUAGGCGAGCAAUGUCUGCGACUUGCCGGCCUCAACCCCAAUCGAUAUGUCUACUGGAAUGUGCCUAACAUGAGUACCUACUUUGGAAAGUCUGUACCCCUUGAUGUGCAUGGUGGCUAUGUGCUUGUUGAUGAAAAUGCCGCUGGGCGGAUCGCAACAAGUCAUGGUAUGCUUCGCUACUCAUAUCUUUCUGCUGCUGUGCGGGCGAAGGAGGGAGGACGUUGGCGAUAUGAUUUCAUGACAAUGAAUUUCACACUUGGUGUGGGAGUUGCCAGUGGAUUUGCAGGACUCUCCAUAGGUAGAGGACGAUGGGCAUGGAUGCGGCGACAUCCUGUUGGUAGUAUUGCCGUCAGUCUUCUCACUUGCGUGGUUGCCACAGUGGCAGCACGUCAGGCCAUUCGUGCACUUGGUAUUGGUGUUGUCACUGCACAGAAGAGCCACAAGAAGGCAUUAACAAAGUUAGAUUGUGUAGAUUGCCUUGAUGAUGUGAACCGUUACACCGCCCAACAGGUGGAGGAUCUCCGCAAACAAGAAAUCCCGCAGCAGCCGGGAAUGCCGCCACCGCCGGAAGAGUUUGUAAAGCGAUUUGAGCGUGGCACACAACUGCAGAUUAAGUUAUUAGAAGUGGAUAUGGAAGAAGUGCGGGUGGCACGAAAACGACUCGCCUCUCACUUCUGCGACGUGCAUCGUGGACUGCGUGAAAGUGAGAGUUAUGCCACUUCAUCGACACUUCCUAUUCUUCCUGCAGAUAUUGAACGUUCAAAGGAAAGGCUUCAAGAGGAGCAGGCGGAGGUUACGACAAAGUGA